AUGGAAGCGGCGGAGGAGCAAGCGGCGGCCGCGCCGGUGGCCGCCGACUGCGCGAUGGAGGAGGACGCGUCUGCGGAGGUCGCGACUUCCGCGGCGGCGGGGGAGGAGGAUGAUGCUGCUGCUCUUGCGGCGGCGGAAGCGGCGUACUCAUGGCCCGAGCUCAGCUUCGAUCUCCCGCCGCGCCGCCUCCACCACUUCGCCGACCAGUUCCGCGCCCCGCGCUCCCCCGCCGACAACUUCCUCAAGGGCGUCAAGUGGUCCCCCGACGGCUCCUCCUUCCUCACCAGCUCCGACGACAACUCGCUCCGCCUCUUCUACCUGCCGGAGGACGCGUACAGUGCGGACACUGCUGCCGAGGCCGCCGUCGGAGCCCAAGAUUCCUAUGGUGCGAGCCUCCAGGUGAACGAGGGCGAGCCUGUGUACGACUUCUGCUGGUACCCUUACAUGUCGGUGUCCGAUCCAGCCACCUGUGUGUUUGCGAGCACUAGUCGUGACCAUCCGAUACACCUCUGGGACGCCGCCACGGGAGAGCUUCGUUGCACUUACAGAGCAUAUGACGCCAUGGAUGAGAUAACAGCUGCGCUUUCGAUAUCAUUUAAUUCUACAGGAUCUAAGCUCUUUGCUGGAUACAACAAAUCAAUUAGAGUGUUUGAUGUUCAUAGGCCCGGUAGAGAUUUUGAGGAAUACUCUUUGGCUAAAGGCGGUGAAGGGCCUACUGGUAUAGUAUCUUCAAUCUCAUUCUCUCCUCAGAAUGGGAUGCUUGCAGUUGGCUCGUAUAGCCAGACAACAGCUGUUUAUGCAGAGAGUAACAUGGAGCCAUUGUAUGUCUUACAUGGCCAGCUUGGGGGUGUUACACAGGUACUUUUUUCGAAAGAUGGAAAUUAUUUAUAUACUGGAGGGCGGAAGGAUCCAUACAUAUUAUGUUGGGAUAUUCGGAACACUGUGGACAUUGUUUACAAGUUGUACAGAUCGUGUGACACAACUAAUCAAAGGGUACAAUUUGAUAUCGAGCCAUGUGGCAAGCAUCUUGCCACUGGUGGGCAGGAUGGCAUGGUCCAUAUUUAUGACCUUCAAGGUGGCCAAUGGGUAACAGGCUUCCAAGCAGCUGCUGAUACUGUCAAUGGCUUCUCUUUUCAUCCAUACCUUCCUCUUGCUACAACAUCGUCUGGGCACAGAAGGUUUGGCAUGGAAGAUGAAUCCGAAGAGGAAUCAAGCUUGUCAGGUGAUGAAAACUGCUGCUCUGUCUGGAAGUUUUCCUGCUCUCAAGAAACUUGAAAGCUCAUCAAGCCCUGAGCAGUCAAGACGUCAAGUGAAGAUUUUGGGCUACAUUUGUAAAGAUGGUGCACUGAGAUUUGGCUAGCUGGUGAUCGUAAUUUACUGAGUCUGGAUGAACAUAAAUUAUUGACUGGCAGUAGUUCAGCAACCCAUGGAUGCAGACCACUAAAACGGUGUGCUAAUGAUCAGUGUACAGAUGAGUUAUUAGAGAAUUCAACGAUGUCCUGUUCCGGGCUGAGAAAUUGCCGUGCUAGGUAAAACUAACAAAUUGAGCUGGCAAGAGAAGCUGCAAACCAUGAUAGGAGCUAAUUUUAUAUCAAGAGAUGUAUCGAUGAGAUUUUGCCUGUAAAAACACCUUGUAUGUGGUCGAUGAAGAGAACAUAUCUGGUACUA